AUGGCAGGCUCAUCGCAGCAGCACAGCGCAUCACAGCAAGCAGCAUCAACAGCAGCAGCAUCAUCCUCCACGGCGAAGAGCCCAGGGGCGGCGGCGAGCGCAGACGGCGGGGACGAUAGCACAUCCUACAUCAAGAUGGCCGAGGUGGACACGCGGCCGGACGCGACGCUGACCGGCAAGCACUGCCAGUUCGACUACUGCAACCAGCUGGACUUUCUGCCCUUUUACUGCCAGUCAUGCCGCAAGACGUUCUGCCUGGACCACCGGACCGAGUCGGCGCACCGCUGCGAGAACGAGGGCGCCUGGGCGCAGCGACGGCGAGAGGCGCAGCUGGCCCGGCCGUCGGCGGGCGCCGGACGCACGAUGCGCGAACUGGUGGCCGAGAAGCCGUGCGCGUCGCCGGCCUGCAAGACAGUCGUCGGCACGGGACUGGUGCCGGGCGUGCACUGUUCUAGCUGCAACCGCGACUACUGCCUGAAGCACCGGCUGCGCGAAGACCACAACUGCGCGCACCUGACGCCUCUGGGCGCUCGUCCCGGUGGCAGUGCUGCCAACGGUGCCAUCACAGCGAGCGGCGCCAGGGCCAAGUCGGCCCUCGACAAGCUGCGAGCCUGGGGCGCAGCCAAGAAGGAACAGGCCGGCAAGGCCAUGCCCGUGCGAGCGUCGCCAGCAGCACAGUCGGCAGCCCAGCGCACGGCCGCCCUGGCUGAUCUCCGGAAGACGGCCAAGGGUGAUGCCAAAAUCGCGCCGGAAAAACGGGUGCACCUCUACGUCGAGGCCGAGGCGACUUCGACCCAGGCUAAGCUGCCCAAGGGCCGUUUCUUCUACUCGCGCGAUUGGGCCGUCGGUCGCGUGCUCGAUGCCGCUGCCCGCAGCCUGCAGAUCGACAACGUCAACAACCAGUCAACCAAAGAGGACGACAAGCUGCGCGUCUUCCACGUUGAAGGUGGCCGUCUGCUCGACUUUAACGAAAAGGUCGGCACUGUCCUCGCCAACGGCAACACCAUCGUGCUGCUGCGCGGCAUCGGCCCGCCGCCUGACCUGAUGGAUCUGUGA